GCAACCAUGAAUGCUUGGCGUCGAGUUCAAGCAUGGCUGACCGAAACAGCUCUUCUGAAACUCUGAACAUAGGUUGUCACAGCUCCGUUGCUUCUGCAAAGGAAGUUGACUUUGAUUUCUACAGGAACAAGAUAAAAUGGUUCCUAGAAAAGCAUCAAUAUCUGAGUGCCUUAUUCUGGGCCGACAAAGUCGCAUCGCUAACCAAAGAUGACCAGAAGGACAUCUAUACAGUUGCACAGUGCUUGUAUUUCACAAAGCAGUAUCACAGAGCUGCACACUGCAUUGAAAGUCGAAAUCUCCAUAAGACGGAUUUGACCUGCCGGUAUCUCGCCGCUUCAAGCCGGUUUGCAGGAAAGGAGUACAAGGAGGCUCUCGAAAUUCUUGAACAACCAGCGCAUGAAACCAGCAUUCUUGAACAGCGAGAUGCUACGGAGCAGCAAAGGCUAGAGAGUUCUCUUCAGCUUCUCCAAGGCAAAAUAUAUGAGGCCAUGGACAAUAGAACACUGGCAGCUGAGUGCUACAAAAAGGCUCUGCGCUUAGAUAUGUUCUGCUAUGAAGCAUUUGAAGCACUCGUCAAACACCAGAUGCUUUCCCGAGAAGCAGAAGAGGAAGUACUAAACACUUUGUCACACAACACAACUCCAGAAGGGGAGCUUGUUAGGUUACUUUAUGCGACAAAAGUGAAAAAGUAUGAUAAACCAGCACCGUUUGAAGUUCCUGCUGAACUGCACGGUCUGCGAGAAAACUUGGAUGUUGCCACAGGAAUGGCUGAGCAGUGUUACUACAACUGUGAUUAUAAGAGAUGCUACGAGAUUACAUCAUCGGUGCUCAAUAAAGAUCCUUUUCAUACAGACUGCCUCCCGGUUCAUAUAUCAUGCUUGAUGGAGCUGGGAAAAUCAAAUGCACUUUUUUACCUGGCUCACAGACUAGUGGACAUGUAUCCAGAGAGUGCAAUAUCGUGGUUUGCUGUGGGAUGCUACUACUUCCUCAAUGGCAAGGCAGAUGCAGCUCGUAGAUUUUUAAGCAAGGCAACAGUCCUGGACCAAGUUUUUGGGCCUGCAUGGCUUGUGUAUGGUCACUCAUUUGCUGUGGAAAAUGAACAUGACCAAGCGAUGGCUGCAUACUUCAAGGCACUCCAGCUGAUGCGAGGGUGUCACCUACCAUUCCUUUACAUCGGACUGGAAUAUGGCCUAACAAACAGCACAAAGCUUGCAGAGCGUUUCUUCAACCAAGCCCUUGCGAUAGCUCCUCACGACCCUUUCGUCCUUCACGAACUUGGGGUUGUGGCCUUCCAAAGUCAAGAUUAUGCAGCAGCAAAGAAUUUAUUUGAAAACGCCUUAGGAAUGCUGGGAGUAGACGAUCUCACGGUUCUCCCACAAAAAUGGGAGCCACUCUUGAACAACCUGGGCCACACGUGCCGGAAACUACGUAAAUUUCCUGAGGCCCUGGAAUAUCACCAACAGGCACUUGUGUUGUCUCCACAAAACCCGUCCACGCUGGCUGCCAUUGGCUUCAUCCACAGCCUCACGCGUGAUUGGGCAAAAGCAGUCGAGUACUUCCACAAGGCUCUCGGACUGCAGAGGGACGACACUUUUUCAACUACAAUGCUUUCUCACAUGAUUGAACGUCUAAUGAACGAAAUGCCACCUUGUCAAGGGGUGCCUGAUGUCUUGCCAGAAUACUCUUCAACCUCGGACAGUCACGUGAAUGAAUUCUCGGACAUGGACCCAACAAAUACAACAUGUCCGUCACUUGAGUUUGAGAUGGAAGGCAAUGAUUAAGUUAUAAUCUUGAACAUAGCAUUUGAAAUGAACUUAAUUAUAUUUAUGAAUGAUUUACAGUCUGAAACUUUCUGAAUGGGUCACACAUUCAUCUAAUAAACUGCUGUAAAUUUC